UAAAUUGGGUGGCAGCCCUAAGCUUUUUCGAUAACAAGGUCCUGUUACUCAAUUCAUAAAAUCCUGUUAUCGCGCUAACUUAUAAAACGGAAUGGAUAGGAUAACAGUCACCCCGAGUCCAGCCUCCACCUACUGCUCCUUGGUUGGGGGUUCCCAGCACUCCCCAUUACGGCGAUCACAGCGCCUGAUCGACAAGGAAAAUCGCGAUUUGCCGAAGAUUCCGCCCAAAAGUCUUUCUCCUCAAUUGUUUGGAAACACUGAAGAUGAUUACAGUGAACUCUUGCAGCACCAAGAAAAAGUGGUUCACUUGAAGCCGGCAGCUAAGUUAGUGCACCUGAGAUCCUCGGCUGAUCUUCGAUCCCCAGCUAAAGUUCUCCAAUUGAAACCUUCGAAUAAAAUCGUCCACCUUAAGCCAUCGGAUAAGAUUGUCCACUUAAAGAGGUUAGAUGAUGCAAAGAAACCCGGAAAGAACACUCAAAAAAGAGAUCCUCCAAGGAAUUCACAAAAGAGGAGCACGCAAUGCACUCCCAAAAAACGUGGCCGAAAACCAAAGCAAACGGCUAAGGAAAAGCCCAAAAAACUGCAAUCAAGUAUUCCGAACGAUCAUCUAGGGAACACACCAUCGCCAUCGAAGCUGCCUGCGAAAUAUCCAGCACAUUUUGUUCAUCAACUUCCGCCCGCAGUAAAUGCCAGUUCUGCCGUUCGAAGUCGUUCCUUAUCUGCUCCGGCUAUGGAAUUCCGCGAUCUGUGCCUCACGCACGAUGAGAUUCAAACGGCGGAGCCACAUGGUGAAGUCAUAAACAAAUCGCCAUCGGAUCUCGACUCCGAUGUCUCCAUGAACAUCUCCCUGUCCGAUUCCAUUGGCGAAAUCUUCGGCACCAAGGACAUAAGCAGCAUUCUGACCAUGCAGCGACCACGUCAGUAUAUUUUGCUGGAGGAGCACCUGCCCACAUUGGCAACCAUGCUGAACGUGGACUUGGAGCGACUCCGCAGUGUCCUGGAAAUCACCCAGGGUUUAACCCACGAGCAGAUCCUACGCUUUCCGGUAAAACUAGAGGAGGAGGAACGGGAAGUAUCUUAA